UUUAUAUCUUACUGUCCAAACUUUACGAAGACGGGGUGUGCGAGGGCGAAUGGAGGGAUGGCCUGUCGUGAUCAGGCGCAUUUUGUGCCGAUUGUGAAGCCGUGGACGGAUAUUGCUUUGGGGGAUUGUUCGUAUUUGAAUACUUGUCACCGAAUCGCAACCUCUUGCAAAUACCUUCACUACGACAUCCUCCCCCCAAGCUGCCCUCCCACCCUCUCCAGCUCCUCCUCCUCUUCCCCACCUCGCCCCGACAUCUGGUCCCGCACAGAACCAAUGUACACCCCACCAACCCCCCUCCCGGCCCAAUGGAUCUCAGCCGAUAUCAGAAAGUUGGACUUCCGGAGUCUAGGAAAGUUCGGCGUGGUAAUGAUGGACCCACCGUGGGACAUUCACCAGUUGCUGCCGUAUGGGACAUUAACGGAUGACGAGACAUUGCGAAUGCCCGGCGAAACUCUCCAGGAAGAAGGAGGUCUACUCCUUCUCUGGGUCACCGGGCGGGCAUUGGAAGUCGGCAGACAGGCGAUGCAGAGUUGGGGGUAUAGGAGAGUCGAUGAGGUGGUGUGGGUUAAGGUGAAUCAGUUGGGGCGGUGUAUCCGGACGGGACGGACGGGGCAUUGGUUGAAUCAUAGUAAGGAGCAUCUACUCGUCGGUGUACGCCUCCCAUCUUCCUCCCGUUCCCACGAGGCGUUCGACACUCGGGGUAUUUCGGCACAUUGGCGGCCCCUCGAUGCCGAUGUUCUCGUGUCUGAAGUUCGAGAGACGAGUCGGAAGCCGGAUGAGAUUUACCCGCUGAUCGAUCGCAUCGUUGGUCCCAAUGUGCGGAAGCUAGAGAUUUUUGGUAGGGAGGGGAAUUUGAGACCCGGGUGGAUUACGGUUGGGAAUCAGUUGAAGGGCAGUAGGAUUUUGGAGAGGGAGGUGGGGGAGAGGGUUGGGGUAGAGAUGGAGGUAUCGAGGUGA